AUGUUUGUGGUCAUGAAGUAUAUCGAACCAUCACUGCCACCACCAACUCCGACGACACACUCCAACCCAUCUCUCCGAACCCCAAAUGUUUGUGGUAUUGGCAACAGCUAUUGUAUCCCUUCGCUGUAUGCAGCAGUUGGGAGUGUUUGCUUUGUGAAGGAAAACACAAGCUUCACCAUGAGUUUGAAGUUGGUAUUGUUGAAUGUAGUGUUGGUGGUGUAUUGGUGUGGUUAUUGA